AACCAUCCGCCAAGGGCAAAACACACAGUGACUCAUACCGCAGUAGAAUGUUUUCGUUUUUCAAAAGCAAAAAGCCCAGCCCAACACAGAUCCCAACGGAUCCAAUCCCUGGCGCGGUACCACCGGCCCCGCGAGAGGAUGAUUUUAUUUUCAUCGAACGACGCAGCCAACAGCCCACAGACGAUGGGUCCACCAACGGAACGGGUACGGGAGCGGCACCAUCGGGUGCUGGUGGUGGACUUUAUCCUACAGUACCGGAAGUUCCCGCCGCUGGUAGCGAACAGCCAGGAAAUCCGGUCCCGGUUCGGCAGCGGAGCGAUGAAAAGGCUGGCCACGCACUGCACGGUGUCCCGUUUCGUCUGUCGGCGGACAUUGGCCAGCCAGCAGAUAUGGAAAUAACGCGCAUCCAGACGAACGAAAUACUGGCCUACAUCGCACGGGUAAUGUACGCGCCGGACUAUGACUUUAGCCUGGAACGGAGCGUGCUGCAGGAUUGAGUGCGGACGGGCUGGUGCCA